CAUGGUUAAGUUUAAGUGGCUUCUAAACAACACAUUAUUGCAAAGAAUAUUUCUUCUAAGCAUUAGCAGCGCGAUUACAUAUGAAAUUUUAAUGGGCUACAUUGAUUACAACAAUAAGGUGGUUGAAUAUAUGGAGUCGAUGUCGUACCGACAAGCCCGGGAAUCUAGUAGGAUGAAAGGUAGUCGAGGAGUCUUUUCUUUGGAUGGAGCCAAGUCAUUCGCGUGGGAUCAGCGUGCAGCUAACACAAAGAAUGAGUAGAUCUCCAUAAUUCUGCAAUUAAACGUAUUUGAAUUAAAAAAUAUUAGGAUAAAA